AUGUUCAUUCUCUGUCUAUUAACAGCUUUUAUAUGGGGUAUAACGAACUGGUUUUUAAAACAGGGUUCGACAGGUUUAAAACAAAUUAAAUAUGACAAUCAAAUAAAACAAUUUGGUGCUGAAAUCUGGUACUUUUUCACUAAUGCACAAUAUUGGAUUCCAUUUCUACUUAAUCAAUGUGGUUCUGUACUUUAUUAUUAUAGUCUUUCAAAAACUGAUUUUUCGACAGCUGUACCCGUAACCAAUGCUUUAACACUUUUAAUAACAUAUUUGUGUGAUGUUAUUUCACGUCCACAAUUAUUAAAUUCAAGAUUUUUGAUUGGUAUGCUAUGCGUCACAAGUGGUGUGGCUCUUUGUGUUGUAUCGAAAUCUCAUUAA